AUGCCAGCCUCGACGUCGCAUACCACGCCGAACCCGACGCACAGCCCGACGGCGCAUCCCACGCCGAACCCGACGCACAGCCCGACGGCACACCCGACGCCAAACCCGACGCGUAGUCCUACGGCACAUCCGACGCCAAACCCGACGCACAGUCCGACGGCACACCCGACGCCAAACCCGACGCGGUUUCCGACGCCAAGCCCCAAGGCAAGCCCAACGCCGUCUCCGACGCAGUAUCCCACGCCAAGCCCGACGCCGAACCCGACGCCGAGCCCGACGCCAAGCCCGACGCCAUCUCCGACGACAAGCCCGACGGCAAGCCCGACGCCGUCUCCGACGCAGUAUCCAACGCCGAGCCCGACGGCAAGCCCGACGGCAAGUCCCACACGGACUCCGACGUCUGCGCCCACCUACCCUCCUCUCGGGGACGUGCAUGCAUCAGGUUUGUGUAGUUGCUCCAGCCCCCCCUGCGGGUGUAACUGUUGGGAUUGCACAGAAGAGCGUCAAGCUGCUGGAUGUUGCAGUUGCGAAGAUGGGGGGAGUUGCGGUUAUGGCGAUACAAUGACUUUGUGCGACAGUUGCAUGGGUUGUUGGUACAAGGGCAAAUGUGGUUGCAGUGCAGAUUCGGUAACUUGGCCCUUCUAUGAUGUGUUCGGUCUCACGUGCUCGAGUGAUGCAGGCAGCUACUUGUCCUACCAUGCAGUGCCACCGACCUCAAGCCCGACGCCGAGCCCGACGCCAAGCCCGACACCGUUGCCACCCGGCGUCACGUUGUCUCCGACCCCGAGUCCGACGCCAAGCCCGACGCCAAGCCCCACGCCAAGCCCGACGCUAUCGGAAACUCAGAAAGCUUGCGGCUGCUCGAAACCACCUUGUGGUUGCAAUUGUUGGGAUUGCACAGCAGCGCGCAAAGCUGCUGGAUGUUGCAGCUGCGACGAUGGCUGUGGCUACUUCGAUCUUGCAAAUUCUAUAUGUGACGGCUGCAAUGGUUGCUGGCACGGCGGCUUGUGUGGUUGCAGUACAGAUUCCUCGACUUGGCUCUACUAUCGGGCAUUCGGUCUCUCUUGCUCGAAUGAAACUGGCAGUUACCUGUCCAAUCACGCAAGAAUUGCUGGCGAAUACUCCGCGGAGGAAUCUCUUCCAGACGGCGUGACUGCGGAGGACCUCAUGAGUUCUACGACCUACGUGUCCGCCAAGAAGACCGGUCUGGCUAAUGCUCUGAACGUGUCCGUCUCCGACGUUGAAAUCACGGGCUUCGUCAUCACGACCCAUCCCGAUCAGCGCCCCUCUGCUGUCCGCCAGCUAUUGCGGGACUCGCACGUCACCGUGACCACGAGUUUCACGGUGGAGAUCGUCGGCAGCAAGAGCGCCGCGUCCCUCACCGCCGCGAUCGCUGCAAAUGCUGACGCCAUUGAGGCCGAGACGAACGAAGCUAUGGCUGCUUCUGACUGGAGUACUGAGCCGGUCAUCACUGUGGCCCCCACGCUGACGGCUCCUUCCGUGGGCGCAGCGGCUUCGACUGCGGGCGUUAUCACUGCUCCCACGCCGGUUCCCGUCAUCAUUGGGGCCAGCAUGGGCGCCGUCGCGGGCACCGGCGACCCGCAUCUGCGGAACAUCUUUGGCGAGCGUUUCGACCUCAUGCAGGCUGGCACGCACCUCUUGAUCCAGAUCCCGAGGGGCGCGCGCACCGCGGUCUCCCUGCUGCGCGUGGAGGCGGAGGCACAGAGGCUUGGCGAGUGGUGCGCGGACAUAUAUUUUCAGGAGCUGAACUUGACGGGAAAGUGGGCGGACGAGAAGCAGGCUGGCGGUCUCCAGUACCGCGCAGCAGAGGCCGUCACGGAGGAUCGCAAAUGGGUGCAGUUUGGGAGGGUGGACCUCAAGGUCGUGCACGGACGUACGCUGGAGGGGAUCCGCUACCUCAACGUCUACGCGAAGCACUUGAACCAGGCCGGGUUCUCUGUCGGAGGCUUGUUGGGCGAGGACGACCACAGCCAAGAAGCGACCACUCCUGAAGGCUGCACGCAUCGUCGAAUGAGUCUCUAG